AUGACACGAUCAGGACGGAUCAGUCGAAUCGCCGUCAUCGGCGCAGGCCCCUCUGGUCUCGCUGCAGUCAAGUACUUGCUUGCGGAGCAAUACUUCGAGAAAAUCGAUGUCUUCGAGCAGAGAGCCACGGCCGGUGGCGUCUGGAAUUACACUCCAGGCCCUCUGAAGGACAAUCUCACAAGCACCGUCCCCCAAACUGACCCCCACCAGCCUCCGGAAGGGCCAAUCUGGCACACAACAGAGGGGCGGCAGGAGCCUACUUUCAUCUCCCCCAUCUACGAAGCACUGGAAACCAACCUCCCCAAGGAGAUCAUGCGGUACAGCGACAAAUACUUCGACGCGAAGACGCAAGUCAUGCCUACGCAUGCCGCCGUGAAGGAUUAUCUGCAUGACUAUGCGGCAGAGAUCCGCGGUCUGAUCCAAUUCGAGACCCAGGUCUCGGACGUCCGGAAAGACGUCCUUGGCGCAGGGAGCUGGUCGGUCACCACGAAGAAUCUGCGCACGGGAGACGCAAGAACCGACGCGUACGAUGCCGUGGUGGUUGCUAGCGGCCACUACGAUCUCCCGUUCACGCCCGACAUCGCGGGCAUCACGCAGUGGAACGAGGCAUAUCCCGGCGUCAUCUUACACUCCAAGCUGUAUGACUCUGCCGAGCAAUUCCGGGACAAGAAGGUCAUUGUGGUGGGCAGCUCGGCGUCGGGACUGGAUAUCGGUAACCAGAUCAACCCCGUGAGCAGGGGCAAGGUCAUCGUGUCCGAGAGAAACCAGACGCUGCUUGCUUCCUCCGCGGGGGACACCAGCAAGGUGUAUCGGCCGCAGAUCGUGGAAUUCCUCCCGCCUGACUCCCACAGCAGAGCCGUUCGCUUUGAGGACGGUCACGUUGAGGCGGAUAUCGACGCUAUCGUGUUCUGCACCGGGUACCUGUACACAUAUCCGUUCUUGUCGGCGCUAGACCCGCUGAUCAUCACCAACGGCCGGCGGGUGGUGAACACAUAUCAGCAUCUCUUCUACAUCCCCGACCCCACCUUGGUGCUCAGUGCCCUUCCGCAGCGCAUCGUUCCAUUCCCGUUGUCGGAGAACCAGGCGGCCGUUUUUGCGCGGGUGUUCUCGGGACGCCUGAGUCUUCCCUCGAAAGAUGCAAUGGAAGAGUGGGAACAGUCGACUGUUCGUGAGAAAGGCGAAGGGACGCCCUUUCACCUUCUUCCCUUUCCGCAGGAUGCGGACUUUAUAAAUUUCUUGCAUGACUGGGCGGCAGAAGCCGAGUCCCGACGGGGACUCGAUAAUGGAGGCAACGGCAAACAGUGCAAUUACUGGGGAGAAAGGGAGAGGUGGAUUCGCGGGCAGAUCGCGGAGAUCAAACGCACGUUUGGACAGAAAGGUGCUGAGCGUGGGUUGGUCAAAUCUCUCGCACAGCUCGGGUUCGAUUUUGAUAGAUGGAAACAGGAGCAGGAGAGCUCGGCUGGUGCAUCUCGUCUUUAA